AUGGGCGGCGGCAGCGAACAACGUCCGGCCGCCGGCAGCUCGUCCGGAGGCGGACACUCGUCCUAUUAUGCCAACAAUCACGCAGCGGCCGCGUCGAGCUCUUCUUCGAGGCUUAUCCGGGAACCGGCUGCCCUGGCGCCGCCGCACCUUCCCAAGGCGAGACGGCCGCCCUCUGGCAUCGUGCCGCGGGAACCGGACGAGGACGCCGAGUGCUUUCGUCAGGGCGUGGCGGCGUUUGGGUCGUUGGACGCUGCCGCCCAACUAGCGGAGGUGAAGAAGUUCACGGGCGUGGGGCAGCAACCCCAGCCGCUGCCAGAGGGAGGCGGCUUCUCGUUCUGGCUCACACCACAACAGGCAGAUGCUGACUUGGCGUACGCUUACGACAAAAGGUGA